CUUCCUUCAGUGUGUCAGUUAGCUUGUCAGCUGACAGGCUCGCUCACUCGCUUAGCGGCGGUGGCAAGAAGCAGUACACCCGGUACUGCGUCGAAGCCUUUACUAUCGCCGCCGCAGGGAGUCACCGGAUACCAACCUGGUCACCAAGAAUAGCGUAAAGAUGCUGUCUCGACUCUUCCGCAUGCAUGGCCAAUUUGUGGCUUCUCAUCCAUGGGAGGUGAUUGUAGGUACCGUGACUAUUACAAUCUGCAUGAUGUCAAUGAACAUGUUCACUGGGAAUGAUAAGAUCUGUGGAUGGAACUAUGAGUGCCCAAAGUUUGAGGAGGAUGUCCUCAGCAGUGACAUCAUUAUCUUGACAAUUACAAGAUGUAUUGCCAUUCUGUAUAUCUACUUCCAGUUCCAGAACCUCAGACAGCUUGGAUCUAAAUACAUUUUAGGUAUUGCUGGCCUGUUUACUAUCUUCUCAAGUUUUGUCUUCAGCACAGUGGUCAUUCACUUCCUGGACAAGGAAUUAACAGGUUUGAACGAGGCACUCCCUUUCUUUUUGCUAUUGAUUGAUCUUUCCAAGGCCAGUGCCCUAGCCAAAUUCGCUCUCAGUUCCAACUCACAGGAUGAGGUCAGAGACAACAUUGCCCGGGGCAUGGCUAUUCUGGGACCUACCUUCACUCUUGAUGCCCUUGUUGAGUGCCUUGUUAUUGGCGUGGGCACCAUGUCAGGUGUGCGGCAGCUGGAAAUCAUGUGCUGCUUCGGUUGUAUGUCUGUCGUAGCUAAUUAUUUUGCCUUCAUGACCUUCUUCCCAGCAUGUGUUUCCUUGGUAUUAGAGCUUUCCAGGGAGAGUAGGGAGGGCCGGCCUAUUUGGCAACUAAGUCAGUUUGCCAGUGUAUUAGAAGAGGAGGAAGAUAACAAGCCAAAUCCUGUUACUCAGAGAGUGAAAAUGAUCAUGUCCUUAGGCCUGGUUCUAGUUCAUGCUCACAGUCGCUGGAUAAGUGAACCCUCCUCUCAAAACAACACUUCUGUUGACAACAGUAAGAUUCCCAUUGGAUUUGAUGAUAGCAUGCCUAAGAGAAUUGAGCCCAGCAUGCCACUUUGGCAGUUCUAUCUCUCUAGAAUGCUCACUAUGGACAUUGAGCAGGUCAUCACACUUGGCCUUGCUCUUCUUCUUGCCGUUAAAUACAUAUUCUUUGAACAAACUGAGACAGAAUCUACGUUCUCCCUGAAGAAUCCCAUUACCUCUCCUGUAACCAUGCAGAAGAAACCAAUAGAAAGUUGCUGCAGGAAGGAGCCUGAACAAGAAGCCAGAGUUAGUACAGUAGAACAAGUGUCAUCAAAAGAAAUAAAAGAGGCAGUAAUAAAGCCUUUACCUUUGGAAAGCCCACCCAAAACCAACUUUGUAGUAGGAGAUUCCUCUUCCUUGGAUUCAUCAUCCGAUGAAGACAGAGAAAAAGUUGAAUUGCCAGAGGUGCCCCGUCCUAUUGAAGAAUGUGUUCAAAUCCUCAAGAACCCUGAUAAAGGUGCUCCGUACCUGAGUGAUGAGGAGGUGAUCCGGCUAGUGAAUGCUAAACACAUCCCUUCUUAUAAAUUGGAAUCCAUGAUGGAGACCCCUGAGAGAGGAGUGGCUAUUCGCAGAAAAAUGCUGUCACCAAGACUGCCCCAGUCUUCAUCGCUUCAAAAUUUGCCUUACAAGAACUACAACUACUCCUUGGUCAUGGGAGCAUGCUGCGAGAAUGUCAUCGGUUAUAUGCCCAUUCCAGUAGGUGUGGCAGGACCACUUCUCCUAAACCACAAAGAGUAUCAGGUGCCCAUGGCAACAACGGAAGGCUGUCUUGUGGCUAGCACAAACCGUGGCUGCAGAGCUAUAAUGCUUGGAGGAGGCGCUCACAGUCGUGUCUUGGCUGAUGGAAUGACUCGGGGACCAGUUGUCAGGUUGCCCACUGCCUGUGAUGCUGCAGAAGUGAAGGCCUGGUUAGACAGCCCUGAAGGCUUUAAAAUCAUCAAAGAUGCCUUUGACAGCACCAGCAGAUUUGCACGACUGGGGAGACUCCAGAGCACCAUCGCUGGCAGAAACCUGUACAUCCGCUUUCAGUCAAAAACGGGAGACGCUAUGGGAAUGAACAUGAUCUCAAAGGGUACAGAACAGGCACUAUCCAGACUGCAAGAAGAGUUUCCAGAGGUCCAGCUUCUAGCUGUAAGUGGGAAUUACUGCACUGACAAGAAGCCUGCUGCUAUUAACUGGAUAGAAGGGAGAGGCAAGUCUGUAGUCUGUGAAGCAAUCAUCCCAGCCAGAGUGGUACGAGAGGUACUAAAAACAUCCACUGCAGCUUUGGUUGACGUCAAUAUAAACAAGAACUUGGUGGGCUCUGCAAUGGCUGGAAGCAUUGGGGGCUACAACGCCCAUGCUGCAAACAUAGUAACAGCUAUUUACAUUGCAUGUGGACAAGAUGCUGCUCAAAAUGUGGGGAGCUCUAACUGCAUCACGCUGAUGGAACACACAGGACCUAUGCAUGAAGAUCUAUACAUCAGCUGCACUAUGCCUUCAAUUGAGAUCGGCACUGUUGGAGGGGGAACCACCCUGGCCCCACAACAGGCAUGCUUACAGAUGCUCGGUGUACAAGGAGCAAAUCCAGAGACUCCUGGGAAAAAUGCGUGUCAACUUGCGCAGAUCGUCUGUGCUACUGUAAUGGCGGGGGAGCUCUCUCUAAUGUCUGCUCUGGCAGCUGGACAUCUAGUAAAGAGCCAUAUGGUGCACAACAGGUCCAAAAUUAAUCUUCAAGAUCUUCCUGGAACAUGCACAAAGAAAGCCGCUUGACCAGCCAAAAGACGCAACAUUUUUCUGAUUAAGAAAUCUUAUAAGGACCGUAAUAAAACAUGAAUGUUUAAUUAAAACGGUUCUCUAAAAUAAAAAGGUGCUUUAUCCAAAAACAGAUAGGUGGUGAUACAGGCUACUAAAGGAGCACAACCUGCGCCAGUUAAAUCAGACCCAACGUCUCUUUUAUUUUUAUAACCCUUGUGGGUCCAGCAGUCUUCUGUUGACAGGUCAGCAUAUUGCAGUUAGUAGAAAAGUUUCUCAUCUAAAAAUAUGUUGAUUUGUUAUGUUUGACAUAAGACUGCAGUGCAUCCCAAUUUUAAUGCUACUGUUCGGUUUGGCUUAAUGUUUUAUUAAGUUGUAAUAUACCUCAAUUUUAAGGAAAUGUAAAAUUAUAAUUUAUUUCUUAAAAUGUCUUUCCGAGUUAUAAGAUGUGAAGCAUUAACUAAGGAUAAAUAACAUUUUCAUUACCAAGUCUCUACAAGGAUAGGUUUUGUGACGGCCGCUCACCAGUUACAUCAAAUUAAUGUGUGAUUUAUGAAAUAGCUUGUUUUUUCAGGCUGUUUACGGUAGUGCUAUGUCCACAUCUAAUGGAUUAUUACUGCCAAGUUUAAAGACGCCUAGCAAGAUAUUUUUUAACACUACUAGGGGGGUAAUUCUUCUAGGAUGCACUGGAGUGAGACAAAUUCCAUUAAAAGUCUGUUUCGGAUCAAUUUGACUAUUGAAGUAUUACAGUAACCCCACCCCUAUAUAAUACCAACAUACUUUUACAUGCAUCUACUUUAAUUCUGCCCUGUUGGCAACUGAUUAAUUUUGUGAGAUUGUUGGAAAGCCUAACGCAGUAUUCUUUGUACAAUGUUUAACCACUAGUUAAGGGGCCUGUGUCACCACUGUGCACUGGUUAGAGUCAACAUCAUCAUGAAUAAAGCAUCUAUUUCUGUUAUUUA